AACUCCCCAUCGGAUCUAUCUGAACACGAGCAGUUGGGUCGACCGGGAUAUUAUCGUGGUGUUUCAUCUCGCUACCUACCGUUUAUCACUGCAGCACUAACAUUGGAAUUCGCACUCAUCUCUGAGAGUCGAAUGCGACGUUUGGAUCAAGGAAAUUUAAUCAAACUGACUGCAGUUGUUCUUAUUGUUGAACACUCGUUAAUCGCUUCCUAUUGGGAGGAUGGUCGGUUGUGCGCUGAUGGGGCAUAUCAAUUUACUCAUGCGGAGCCGGAUCCACAGUUGGUUUAUCGGGCCACACAAAUUUACAAUGCACGGGCUGUACGUUUUGGAUUAGACCAGUCGGUAACUCAACUUCUGCUAGCGACAAAACAAUCGUGGUGGGAAACGGGGACGUACGUGCACCGAUCCCGUCCGCACUUGGCACCCACCUACUUACGCGAGGCCAUCCGGAGUUGUGGGUUAGACGAGUCAUGUGAUGAGCAUUUGUCCAUCGUGGACUGCAUUGGACGAUGGGCAAGCACCUUAAAAAUAUUGAGCCUGUUGGGAAUCAGGACGAGGGAUCAUCUGUCUCUGUGGUCCGCGUCAAAACUACUGGUCUCAAACAAACUGCAACGAACCUUGUGUCCGGCAGGAAAUCCUGUGCUAUCUUUUUGCAUGAUAACGUUCCACAUAGUGGAGAACUCUGUCGUAUGGGGAACAGAUGAAUUAGUGGACAUUGUGCGACGAACAUUCGCUGUGCAUAAUCAUAUAUGUGGAGCACGAUCCGCAGCCUAUCAUGCAUCCGCAGCUUACCUUACCGGAGAGACAGAAGACAUGCACGAGCUAGCUCCACCGGGGUCACUGCUGUUGGCAGUACAUUUGAUUCAGCGGUGCUUGCCGGAGAAUAAAUGCUUGAAUGUUCGAAGUUUCAGUUGGUUCCAGUUGGUGUCAAAACAACCACUGGAUUCAAACAUUCAGAUCACGGGCGUGAUCGAUGUCUCGGAGGAAGCGGAGAACACACUAGAACGUCUUGGAAAUGAGAUCGGUGCGAUGGAAAACCCCUUGGGAUUUUGUUUCAUCGAUGUUAUGCGGUAA